GAAAAACAGAGCGAUCGAUUACGUGCGCGAAAAAUUCUGUUUUGGACCAUUAGGACAAGCAUCGAAAAUCAAUGUUCUGGUUUUACAUUGUAUGUUUUACCCUAGUGUUUUUGAUAUUUUUAUAUUUAGACAGCAUAAAACCUCCAAAUUUUCCACCCGGUCCAAAAUGGUACCCCAUCAUAGGAAGCGCAUUACAGAUAGCACGUGCUCGACAGAACACUGGCAUGUUGUGCAAAGCCAUUAACCUGAUAGCUUCCAAUUAUAAACAUAACGGUGUGAUCGGUUUUAAAGUUGGCAAAGACAUGACAGUAAUGGCCAUAUCUGGGGAAUCGUUGCGUGAAAUGAUGAGCAAUGAAGAUCUUGAUGGUAGACCAACAGGAAUAUUUUAUGAAACAAGAACGUGGGGAUUACGAAGAGGUGUUUUACUGACGGAUGAAGAAUUUUGGCAGGAACAGCGGCGCUUCAUAGUGCGGCAUUUAAAAGAAUUUGGAUUUGCGAGAAAAGGUAUGUCAGAAAUAAUUGAAAAUGAAGCUGAACAUGUGUACACUGAUUUUCGUGCAAUGGUAGAAGCAGGAAAUGGUAGUGCUCUUGUGCAGAUGCAAGGUGUAUUUUCUGUCUAUAUUCUGAAUACACUUUGGCUGAUGAUGGCUGGAAUCAGAUAUACCAGAGAAAAUAAGGAUCUUAAAUAUCUUCAAUCGUUAUUGCACGAACUAUUCGCAAAUAUUGAUAUGAUGGGUGCGCUUUUUAGCCACUUUCCAUUCAUACGAUUUUUCGCACCCAAAUUCUCUGGAUACAAACAAUUUGUAGAAAUUCAUGACCUAAUGCAUAAAUUCAUUGGAGCUGAAGUAGAGAACCAUAAAAAAAAGUUCAACUAUACCGACGAACCCCGUGACCUGAUGGAAGUAUAUCUGAAGAUUUUGCAGUCAAAUAAAGGUAUUCCUGACAGUUUUUCUCAAGAGCAACUAUUGGCCGUCUGUCUAGACAUGUUCAUCGCUGGUUCGGAAACUACUACAAAAACACUUGGUUUCGCUUUUUUGCAUCUAGUAAGACAACGCGAAACACAACAAAAAUUACAAACGGAAAUAGAUGAAGUCAUUGGUCGAGAACGACUCCCUACACUCGAAGACAGAGUAAAUUUGCCAUACUGUGAAGCUGUGGUAUUGGAAGCUUUACGGAUGUUCAUGGCAAAUACCUUUGGUAUUCCCCAUCGAGCUCUACGAGACACUAAAUUAUGUGGAUAUAACAUUCCAAAAGAUACAAUGCUGGUGGGAAUGUUCCGCGGUAUGAUGUUAAAUGAUUGGAAAGAGCCCCAUAUUUUCAAACCAGAACGAUUUUUGAAAGAUGGAAAAAUUGUUGUUCCUCCUGAUUUCCAUCCGUUUGGUGUUGGCAGGCAUCGGUGCAUGGGCGAAAUGAUGGGAAGAUCCAAUCUUUUCCUUUUCAUCACCACUCUUUUUCAAUCAUUUAAUUUCUUAGUUCCGGAAGGUGAGGCGAUUCCAUCGGAUGAACCUAUUGAUGGAGCCACGCCGAGUGUACGGCAAUACACAGCUUUGAUUGUUCCUCGAUGA